AUGUCCGUCGCCUUCGAAAGCGAACCUACAAACAUCUGGGGCUCCUCCACCGCUCCCCCUGCCUCCCCUCCCUCCUCCUCCUCCUCCUCCUCCCCUUCCCGCAGCAGGUCCACUUCCCGAGACAGACCUCCCCUCUCUCCCGCAGUCACAACCCCUCGCGCAAUCGAACACUACACUCCUGCUUCCCGCGACUCCUCUGCAGACUACGUCCUUGAGCCUGCUCACUCCCGCAUCCACUCCACCACAGACUCUGCCUCUGCCACUACCUCCACCACCUCCACAACAACAUCUACAACCACCUCCACAUCCACCAUUACAUCCACCACCACAGCAACAACCGCAAUCGAAGACCCCGCAAAAGCAUCCCAACUACGAAAAGAAGCAAAGCUCAUGCAAGACGGUCUCGCCGCCAUCCUCGAGCGCAUCAACGCCGUCAAGGGCGACUACGAGCGGCUCGAAGGCGAAAACAGGUUUCUCCAAGACUACAUCGGUUCCCUCAUGAGCACCUCCAAAAUGCUCGCCGGAAGAUCUUCUGAUUGA